UCAAUUUAUUCGGCUAUUGCCGAUUGUUUAUUAAUAAGGCGCGCAACUUUGGGCUGUUAUUGUUAUUUCGUGCUUUUUGUUAUAAGUAUUACGUGUAUUUUAUUACAGAACUAAGUAUUAAUAUCACAUUCAGUACCUUUUUGAUAAAGUUUUAUUAAUAUUUUUGUACAUUAAUGUUUAUAAAUAAAAUAUUAUACUAAAGUUAUCAUAGUCACAAUAUUUUUUAACGUUUAAAACAUUUAUGUUAGCUCAAUAUGGCUGAAGAUUUUUCCACUUUGAUCCAUGUGUCACCAGCACUCACAAAUGAAAUGCUGAGCGAAGCUCUUUCUGAUUGGUUUAAAAAAACUGUGAUAUUUACAGAUUGGGAGUACGUCAGCGAUACCGGGAAAGGCGACUCCUAUCUCAGCGAGUUGAUAAGAAUCAAAAUACACGGAAAAAACGCUGACAACGUCGCUAAACACGUCCAAGUGAUACUCAAAAACAUACCCAAAAGCAAAUCCCGACGGCUCACUUUCAAAAGCCACGAAUUCUUCAAAAACGAGAUCAACUUCUAUGAAAAAGUAUUGCCAGAGUUAAUUACAUUCCAGUCUGGUAGAAACGUGGCAGAACCCUACGAUAAAUACGUAAAUCUCUUCUUAGCUUACAGUGAUGGGACGAAUGACGUCAUAUGUCUCGAAGACGCCAGUCUAGAGAACUUCGGAUGCGCAGUACGCCAAGAAGGAAUUGACUAUGAACACUGCAAGAUAACAUUUAAAGUGUUGGCCAAGUUCCACGCUCUGUCGUUCGCCAUGAAAGACCAACAGCCAGAGAAAUUCCAGAAGAUUAGUACUGAAUUGUUUGAGACCUACUACCACGACCGUCUGUGGAAUUGGUACUCCAGGUUCUGGAAGAGGAUAUGCGGUAUAGCAAUAGACGCUGUUGAAAAAGAGUAUCCGAACUCCAUAUACGUGGAGAGAUUAAAGAAAUUUGCGGUGCCAGAACGAUACCAGGACAUGAUAGACGCCGCCACGAAGACUACGGCCACGGCGGUCAUAUCCCACGGCGAUUCCUGGACUAAUAACUUCCUGUACAAAUAUGAAGAUAGUCGGCCAGUUGAUGCCAAGAUUAUCGACUUCCAACUAUCGCGUUGCGCUAGCCCUGUCUUGGAUUUGACCUUUGCCAUUUACGCUUGCACUUCUCAAGAUCUAAGGCUGAAGUAUUACGAGGAGUUGCUAAAGUAUUACCACGAUGUAUUGUCUAAAGAAAUAAGAGACAUGGGAAGUGAUCCAGAAAAGAUAUACCCAUGGAGCUUAUUCAUGGAUGAGAUCCAGAAGUAUUCCUACUUUGGCCUCGCUUUUAGUUUUGAGUCGACUCCAUUUAUUGUAUUGGACCCGGAGGAUGCUGUUAAUAUGGAAAUGGAGGGCGACGAAAAACUAAACAUUGAAGACGUGUGGCAGAUAGGUCCUUUUAAGACUAAAGAAGGCCGGCUACGGGAAGCGAAUAAUGUUGUAUUUUGUGUGGACAGAGGAUAUAUAUAAAGCAAUUAUGAUACUAAUAGUGUCUUUUAUAAAUUAUUGAAGAAAAAAUAAUAAAAGAAAUCUUAGUUUUCAAACUCAUUAUGUAAUAUCAUUCCAAUUUGUAUUAUUUUGGAAUAUAAAAUGCUUAUAUUGAA